AUGGCUGAAACUUUCAAUUCUUGGAUAUUGGGGCCAAGGCACAAGACAAUCAUCACACUGCUUGAAGAGGUGUUGCAGGAGAACAUAGCAAAGUCAAUGAAAUAUGUGGUGCACUGGAAUAGUCAAUAUGGUUAUGAAGUGAAGGAAGGACACACUAGUAAGUAUAUAGUGAAUCUGAACAUGCUAACUUGCACUUGUAGAGCUUGGAUACUGAAGGGUAUACCAUGUGCUCAUGUUGUAGCUGCUAUCCAUUUCAAGAAAUUGGAGCCAGUUAACUAUAUUGCACAUUCGUACCAUAGGGAAACUUAUAUGAAAACCUACAGUCACUUCCUUCAGCCUGUACAAAAUAUGAAGAUGUGGCCAGAAUCACAAAACCUUUCAGUUAUACCACCAAAAGUAAGAGUAAUGCCUGGCAGGCCUAAGAAAGUGAGAAGGAGGGAACCAACUGAAAACAAAAUAGGAAAGCUUUCCAAAAGAGGUACCCAGAUGACCUGCAACAACUGUCAUGCUAAAGGCCAUAAUAAGAAAGGUUGUCACAAGGCUACACAAUGUCCUACAAGAUCAACUGGUGGUGCAAAGUCAUAA